AAUGAACUCUGAUCCAAUACCCUUUCCCAGAGAAUACGUGAUACCCGAGGACUUUCAUCAGAACAUUAGAACCAGAUUCCUAAACUUCUUUCGCUAUACUGUGGGCGAUAAAGCAAGGAACAGCAUAAUUAUGCUAAUGGGAGCCAUCAAAAUGAACAAGCAUGAUGAAGGUAACUCAUUAGUGACAUUGUAGAUUAAUAAUAUAGAGUGGAAUAGGAGAGUAAUUUCCACUAUUUGUUUGGAGUAGACUUUCUCAAUUGUUACGGAAUAAUAGAUGUAGACAAUGGGAAAGCAAUUGUAUUUGUGCCCUAAUAUGAUUCCAAUUAUAAGAUGUGGAAUGUUGUUUUGAACAAUGACGAAAUUAAAUAAAAAUUUAAAUUAGAUGAAGUGUUAUAUAAUGAUGACAUAGAAUCCUGGUUGAGCAAUCGUAAACCAUCAUUAAUUUAUUAUUUUUAUGGAAUUGAUGAUUAUUCUCAUCACUCAUUACCCAUACCUGAAUAACCAUUCUUACAAAAUUAUGAUUCUGAUUAUGAUGAGUUAUACUAUAUACUUACGGAGAGUAGAGUCAGAAAGACCCCAUAAGAAUAAGAUAUCAUGAGAUACAUUUGUAAAAUUAGCAGUGAAGCCCAUGAAUUGGUUAUUAAGAACAUAAGAAAAGGCAACAAAGAAUAUUAGAUGGAAGCACUCUAUCAAUAUCACACCUUUAUAAAUCAUGGCUGUCGUUUUACGCCUUAUGAAUGUAUCUGUGCUUCUGGUACAAAUGGUUCUGUAUUGCACUAUGAAGAAAAUUCAAAAACCAUAAAGGAAAAAGAGCUAAUACUAAAUGACAUGGGAGGCAAGUUCUAUGGAUAUUGCAGUGACAUUACAGUCACUUUCCCUAGUGAUGGAAGAUUCACCUAAAAAUAAGCUAUUAUUUACAAUGCUGUCCUUGAUGCUCAAAGAUAAGUCCAUAAAUCCUUAAAGGUAGGAGUCAAUUGGGGAGACAUGUAAUUAUUGGCUGAAAGAACCAUCACCAAACAUCUGUUUAACGCAGGAUUAAUUAAGGGAUCGAUGGAAGAUCUUAUUAAAAAUAAUAUUUGUAGAUUAUUCUUCACACAUGGAUUAGGUCAUAUGUUGGGGUUAAGAACUCAUGAUGUUGGAGGAUAUAAUAAAGGUACUCCACCCAAAUUACCAGGUAAUAUGAUUUAUCUAAUUAAUUAGAACUAUCUUAAUUACAGUUUCGAAGAGAUUUGGAUGUAGGAAUGGUAUUUACAAAUGAACCUGGAAUUUACUUCAUUGAGUUCAUCCUACAAGAAGCAUAUAAAGACCCUAAUAAGAUGAAGUAUUUGAAUAAAGAAAGAAUCGAAGAAUUCAUGCAUGUAGGAGGUGUAAGAUUGGAAGAUGAUAUCUUACUGACAGCCAAUGGUCCAGAGAUACUUAAUGAUGUACCUCGAAGUAUAAAGUAAGUGGAAGCUUGUUGGAGAGGUGAAGAUUGGAGACAAAUUAAUGAUUGA